AUGAGAGGAAUUGCAGCAAAAUUUGUGCCUCGCGUACUCACGGAAACCAAAUGUGAAAGUGUUUAUGGAAUGGACGACAAAGCAGUGAUACCAGACAGUGCAAUAAAACUGUAUCCUGCUGGUAAUGCAAGUGAUAUUCGACUGAGUGGACAAGGUUGGAAAACGAAUACUACGGAGAAUAGGAUUAUUUAUAUAGAUAUUGGAGAUGACCUUAACAACGGAGGAGAAGUUUAUCUUGUCAAAUCAAAGAAUGUAGAAAUUUAUCAAGUAGUAUUGUUUGGAAAAGUAAAGGAACCGGAGUCUGAAGUAAGUGUAAUACCAGAGAGGGUUGUUUCUCCAUUACUGACACCUACAGAGGCUUUUAGCAUUAAACCUGGAACGGGAAAAACAAAGAUUCAACUGACCAUUGUUGCCACUACCAAAGAAAUCCCCAUGGUAGUGACUGUUUCUGUGAAGAUAUGUGUGAAACCAACGACAUACAUACCAACAACAGUAUCUUCUUCAAUUCUGUCAAGUCAGGAAACUAUUUCUACAUCAACAAUUACUUUAUCUAAGUCAACACUCACUUCAUUGAUAAGUUCUACAAAAGCGACAAGAAGUACGAUAUCAUCCAAGACAACCACUGUACCAUCCACCACCACAGCUUUAACUACUACAAGUGCUUCAAAAUCUACCACCAUUGCCCCAACUACAAGUACUGUACCAUCCACCACAGCUGCCCCAACUACAAAAACUACUGUAAAAUCUACCACCAUUGCCCCAACUACAAGUGCUGUACCAUCCACCACCACUGCCCCAACUACAACAACUACUGUAAAAUCUACCACCACUGCCCCAAUGACAAGUGCUGUACCAUCCACCGCCACUGCCCCAACUACAACAAUGCUGCACUAUCCACCACCGCUGCCCCAACUACAACAACUACUGUAA